AUGUCGCAACCGCAACCGCACCCCCUAACAGUGCAUCACCUCCACAUCUCGCAAUCCGAACGCAUAGUCUUCCUCUGCGAGGAGCUCUCAAUCCCAUACACCCUGAAAACGUACACCCGGGCCCCGAUCUUCGCCCCACCCGACCUCGCGGCCUUGACACCCCAGCGCUCCGCCCCCGCGAUCACCACGACCAACCCGGUCACAGGCGUCGAGUUCCACAUGUCCGAGUCCGGCGCCAUCGCGGAGUACAUCAAUGCCAUCUACGGCGGGAACAAACUUUCCCUGCCUCCGACCCACGCAAACUACCCCGAUUAUAUCUUCUGGUUCCACUACGCGACGGGCAGCCUGGGCCCGGCGUUCUUCCGGCGGAUGAUGUCCCUGGCGAUGGACCCGGCGGGGUCGAGUGCGUACGCGCAGUCCGUCGUCGCGGGGAUCCAGAAGCACCUGGCCGCCCUCGAGGCGCGGCUGGGGCUCACAGGCGCGUAUCUUGCCGGUGAGGAGUUUACGCUUGCAGAUAUCAUCGUCAUGUGGUCGCUCACUACGGGGAGGAUGUGGUAUCGCGUCGAUUUGGGAAGCUAUCCGGGUGUGUUAGGUUACUUGGGCCGCGUGGCGGGGCGGCCAGGGUAUCAGAGGGCGAUCGCAAAAGCGGAGCCCGGGUUGGAGUGGCGUGGCGCUCUCACGGCCGAGGGACCGGAGUUGUUUGCGCCGUAUAGGGACGUGUUGGUGAAGAUCGGGGUUGAUGUUGGGAGGGUCAAGGUUGGGGCUAAGGUGUAG